AAGUUAGAAGUUUUCUGACUCCUCUCGGAGGAGUCUCCGGGACCCCAGAGAAUAACAGGUGUCUGAAAGCUAAAGGGUGGAGGGGUUCCAGGACUUGGGGUUCUCUUGUAAAACUCCCCUCCACCCUCCUCUCUCACGCCCACCCAUCCCCUCAAUCCCUUCUUUUUCCGUCCUUGGAAAAUGGUGUCCAAGCUCACGUCGCUCCAGCAAGAACUCCUGAGUGCCCUGCUGAGCUCCGGAGUCACCAAGGAAGUGCUGAUCCAGGCCUUGGAGGAGUUACUGCCGUCCCCGAAUUUCGGGGUGAAGCUGGAGACACUGCCCCUGUCCCCCGGGAGCGGGGCGGAUCUCGACACCAAGCCGGUUUUCCAUACUCUCACCAAUGGCCACGCCAAGGGCCGCUUGUCUGGGGACGAGGGCUCAGAGGACGGCGACGACUAUGACACUCCUCCCAUCCUCAAAGAACUCCAGGCGCUCAACACCGAGGAGGCCGCGGAGCAGCGGGCCGAGGUGGACCGGAUGCUCAGUGAGGACCCGUGGAGGGCUGCCAAAAUGAUCAAGGGAUACAUGCAACAGCACAACAUCCCCCAGAGGGAGGUGGUUGAUGUCACAGGCCUGAACCAAUCCCACCUCUCUCAACACCUCAACAAGGGCACCCCCAUGAAGACCCAGAAGCGAGCUGCCCUGUACACCUGGUACGUCAGAAAGCAACGGGAGAUCCUCCGACAGUUCAACCAGACAGUCCAGAGCUCUGGAAACAUGACAGACAAAAGCAGUCAGGAUCAGCUGCUGUUUCUCUUUCCAGAGUUCAGUCAACAGAACCAGGGGCCUGGGCAGUCAGAGGACGCCUGCUCUGAGCCCGCCAACAAGAAGAUGCGCCGCAACCGGUUCAAAUGGGGGCCCGCAUCCCAGCAAAUUUUGUACCAGGCCUACGACCGACAAAAGAAUCCCAGCAAGGAAGAGAGGGAGGCCUUAGUGGAGGAGUGUAACAGGGCAGAAUGUUUGCAACGAGGGGUCUCCCCCUCCAAAGCCCACGGCCUAGGCUCCAACUUGGUCACAGAGGUCCGUGUCUACAACUGGUUUGCAAACCGCCGGAAGGAAGAGGCAUUCAGGCAGAAGCUGGCCAUGGAUGCCUAUAGCUCCAACCAGACACACAACAUGAACCCCCUGCUCACCCAUGGCUCCCCUCACCACCAGCCAAGCUCUUCUCCACCCAACAAGCUGUCAGGAGUGCGCUACAACCAGCCGGGAAACAAUGAGGUCACUUCCUCUUCGACAAUCAGUCACCAUGGUAACAGUGCCAUGGUGACCAGCCAGUCGGUGUUACAGCAAGUCUCUCCGGCCAGCCUGGACCCAGGCCACAGUCUCCUCUCACCUGACAGUAAAAUGCAGAUCACAGUGUCGGGAGGAGGACUGCCCCCAGUCAGCACCUUGACGAAUAUCCACAGCCUCUCCCACCACAAUCCCCAGCAAUCUCAAAACCUCAUCAUGACUCCCCUGUCUGGAGUCAUGGCCAUUGCACAGAGCCUCAACACCUCCCAAGCCCAGGGUGUCCCAGUCAUCAAUAGUGUGGCUAGCAGCCUGGCAGCCCUACAGCCCGUCCAGUUCUCUCAACAGCUGCACAGCCCUCACCAGCAGCCCCUCAUGCAGCAGAGCCCAGGAAGUCACAUGGCCCAGCAGCCCUUCAUGGCUGCGGUGACUCAGCUACAGAACUCCCACAUGUAUGCACAUAAGCAGGAACCUCCUCAGUAUUCCCACACCUCCCGAUUCCCAUCUGCGAUGGUGGUCACAGACACCAGUAGCAUCAACACCCUCACCAGUAUGUCUUCCAGUAAACAGUGUCCACUGCAAGCCUGGUGAUACCCACAUAACCACUCUGUGCACAGCAACGAGGAACCCAUUUUCCACACCAUCAGUCUCUGGGCAUCCAUCAUAGAGAAGUCCAGUGACCUGACAGCCCUCUGGGAACCCAGGAGAGAGGUCCCUGCUCACCCGACAUCCUGCUGGGUACCUCGGACAAGCCGCUCUCAAGAGCUGUAGCCUGAAGCCCAGCUUCCCUUCUUUACAGUAUUGUCAUGAAGCCUCUCCUAAGAUGCCAAGCGCUCUUGAUUCUCCCAGAGGUGGCCGGUGCAAAAUGGUGCAACAGGAAGCGAGAAACCCAUGGAGUCUCCCCUGCAGCCCUUCGUCGAACAAACUGAUGCAAAAACUUGAAUCUGUUACUGAAAUAAGAUGAGGACGGAGAGGAUAUGUGCUAAUGAACUGAGCCAGACCCUGUAAAUACUGACAGACCCCGCCCCCAUCCCAGAUGAUCUCAAGAUUUCUUCUAAAGAAGUAAAUUUGUCCAAUGGGUGUAAACUAUAAACUACUGUAAUUAAGUGCAAUUUUCCUUCCACGUAUCUACCCCUGCUCUGUAUAUAAUACUAAAGUGUCUAUCACUUUUCUUUGUAAAGGUCAGAGUUGAAAUUCCAAGAGUGACUUGCUCCCUCCUCCUUCCCCACUGAAAACUACCCAAAGUGGGAAAUGAAUCUCUUCACCAGCACCCUUCUGGGCACAGGGAUGGCAUAAUUUGGACAGACUGCCAGCUAAUACCCCCCACCGCCAUGUUAAGACACACCUCUGGAUGCCUAGGGGUGAGACAUAGUGGCAGCAAGAUGCCCUAGCAUCCUGUGGGCCUGGGCGGGGACACUGACUGGCUGACAGCCAUCUCAGGAAGCCUCUCAUUAAAGCAAUUUAUUUUGUCA